AGUUCAAUCGACAUUAAAAACAACAAAAUCCUAAGAUUUAUUCAUCCAAGAUCCUAAGAUGAAAAGAAAACAAUCAGCGAAAAUCCGUUUGUAAAUAUGAAAAAAUAGUCAUUACAAAUUAUUAUGUAACUUAAACGGCAACUUAACCCAAAUGUAGAUUCACUGUAAAUCUAAUUUUCUAAUCAACUGAGGAACCACAAAUGAAUUUGUAAGGCAAAGAAUAUGGCAAAGCGAUACGUCUACGAAGAUUCCUAUAGGACACGUACUCGCAAGACCCACCCCAAAGGGAAUAAACCGUUUCUAAUUGAAGAAAAAUAUACCAAAAGAGAGAACAGAGACAAAAUAACUGAACUACUAACAAUAGCAAAGAAAUACAUAGAAAUUAUUGAGCCUUAUCUAAGAAAGGCCAUCAAGUCGUUUGAAAGCAUAUCUAGCUGGCUGUCUCGUAAUUAUUUACCCUUUACUCUGACGCUAGUAGUAAUCGGCUUCAGCUUGCUCCUGCCUAACAUAUCACAGAAGCUACAUAAAAACAGUGAACUUAAAGCUAUAAAUAAUGUUCUUCAUCGAAUGCAGGACGAGGUGAAACGUGCAGAAGUAGAGUGCUUAGCCGCAAAUGAAAAGAUCUGCGACUUACACUGCACCCUUUGCGACGAAACAAUUGAAACGUCUACUUGCAGACCUAAGAACCUUGAACUCUCUCAGAUAACAUCAGCCGGGGACUUUCCACAGCACAAUUUGAUCCUGGACCAGAGGAGAAAGGGGUUGGAUUCUUUAGCCGGUUCUUCAUUAAGUAUCAGCCGGAACUCUUCUAAAAAGUAACUCACCAUUUUGCCAGUCAUGUGCACGGACUCCUUCGAUUCUCAAGAAAAAUAUUUACAAUUAGAUUACAAGUUGUAGCUUAAAGCAAUCUUUAACUAAUCCCUAAAAAUAGAAAUAAAAUGAAUAAUACUGU